AUGACAUUGUUCCUAUCUCUUCUGCUGGUGAAUCUUAUGCUGCCGCUACUACUAACUGCCGCCAUUACUAUUGCUGAUACUACUACUGCUGCCGCCACUACUGCUGUCACCGCAACUACUACUGUCGCCGCAAGUACUACUGUCGCCGCAAGUACUACUGUCGCCGCCACUACUACUGUCGCUGCAACUACUACUGUCGCUGCAACUACUACUGUCGCCGCCACUACUACUGUCGCCGCCACUACUACUGUUGCCGCCACUAUUACUGCUGCCGCCACUACCAUUGCUGCUAGCAUUACUACUGCUGCAGUAACUACUACUGUUGCAGCCACUACUACUGCUGCCACUGUUAACGAAGAUCCGAAGCCAGGGCCAUCAAAUGAAAAUAAGGAUAACCAGCUAACACAAAGACAGAAUAUCCUAGUGUCAAUAGAUAAAAACAACACACGUGAGGACGAUGAGGAUUCAGAAGACGAAGCAAUUUCAAUGGACCAACUGGACGAGCAAAGAUGUGGUGAAAAAGCAGAUGUCAUGCGAAAAGAGAUAAAUGCAAGUGAUACUGUUUUACCAAACUAUCUUAUGAAACAGAUAUGUUCUGUACAGUCAUAUGUUGUUAUUGAAUCAAUUUAUGGGGGACUGUACAGCAUAUGCUUCACUUGCCAUUAUCAGCAUGGUCUGGAAGUCCCCAUGGGAAAGCAUACUUUCGUCAACACCCAUUACCAAAAAGCGUUCUCCUGUUGUGAAGAAAAUGACCUAUUUUGCGCAUUAUGCAAGAGAAACCUCUUCGUUAACAUGCCCAUAGAGGUUUGCAUAGUGUGCAAUAAACCUGAAGCUCAACAAAUAUCCAGCCACCUGUUGGAGAAAAAAAACUUUGAGAAGCCUUGA